ACUUUCUCAGAAAUCUGUCGUCUGUUUCACGUAGUUAGUAGUUAACAUUUGGUUUGGUUGAAAGUCAACAACUAAAGGAUUAGGCAGGCUGCCGCAUUAAGCUCUAAUUUCGUCACUGCAAGGUUUACGAUAUUAGCAGGUUGAACGUUCAUGGCUAGUUUCAACUUCAGCUCGAGAGAUGAUCAUUAUCAUCAACUAAGCGCACAAAUUCAGCAAAAGUUUCAGGAUAAUCGUCAAACGAGUGAAGUAUUUGAUCGGAAGAAUCGAUGGAGAAAGGAAAUUGAAGACUUAGUGAAGACCCUUUACCCGUCAUGUCGACUCGUUCUUUCCGGCUCGUCCGCAAACGGGUUUGGCAGCAUUCAUAGUGAUAUCGACCUGGUUUUGUGCUUUGAAGGGGCAGCAAUGACUGGACCUUCCAUGUUGAGGAGAAUAGAGUCGCUUUUUGCGAGUAACCGUCGUCGUUUUCAAACAGAGGUGAUUCCAAACGCACGAGUUCCUAUCAUCAAGCUCAAAGAUAGGGAGAAAUCAUUUGAAACUGAUAUCAGUGUGGAAAAUUGGACCAGCGUGAGAAACGCCUUCGUUCUAAAAUGUUACUCCGAGUGUGACACAAGGGUGAGACCGCUGGUCAUGGUCAUCAAACUGUGGGCUCAACGGGCAGGAAUCACCGAUGCAAAACUCAAAAGACUUGCAGGUUUCGCCGUGGUUCUUUUGGUAAUCCAUUAUCUUCAAGCAGGAUGCUCCCCUGCUGUUGUGCCUGCCUUGCAACAAAUGUUCCCUGCGGUCUUCCAAGCUUCUAACAGUGUGAUCAUCGACAAGCUUACCUCAGAUAUUCCUGCUGAAAUUCAAGCCUUCAGUUCCGAUAACAAGCAGAGUCUUGGCGAGCUUCUGGUUGGCUUCUUCCAGUACUUCUCCACCUUUAACUGGAGUAGAACCAUGUCGAUUCGUUCUGGAAAUACCCGACCGACUUCGACGUACGACAAGAUAUGGCGGGGACCUUACAUUCGCCUGGAAGAUCCCUCAGAUGGGGGUAACGUCACCAGAUCCGUGUAUGAUUCCUACGAGUUCUCACGCAUAAAGAGUGCGUUCAGUAGCGCUCUCUCGAAGUUAAGAAGCAAUCCGUCUUUGGAAGAAAUCUUGUAGGAAUCCGAAGAAGAAACUGACGUAGAUCCCUAAAUUGUUCCAACUAAUUUCAAUUUUUGCCUUACACAGUAAAAACUCGCUAAAAAACCCUAAUUUUGCUUUUAGAAACUAAAUAAGUUCUUCACUAGAGCCAUUUUCGUGUUCAGAAAGCUAGAGAAAAAUAAGGUUACUGAAACUGCUUAGAGUUACAAUGUGAAAACUUUAGAUGUCAUUUACAGGAAUAAUAUGGGAGAAUGACAUUGUGAAUUGAAUGGAAGAAUGGAAAAAGAAAAGAAAAGAGAAGAAAAAACGAUAGAGAAAUAGUUGAAGCUGCUGGGGCUCGAACUAUAGAUCUUCGGAAUUAACAGGAGUACGCACUCACUAUCUAUUGUGCUAGGUACGCAAAGCGUACAUAAGUAUUGUAUCAAAAUACAUUU